AUGACCGUCGCAAAGCAGAGCUCUAUUCGUUUUGUUUUCGCUCAAAUUAGGCACAAAMGCGGAUAUUUACUGGCUAUAGCUCUUUUAAUUCUUAUAGGAACAAUAUCAGGCUUUGCUGCUACUAAUGUAUCAGAAACCUAUGAUGCCAAAGUGUUUGCUGUUGCAACUCUUCUCAGCUCGUAUCUUAUUUACAACUCAGUCAAGAUCAUCGAUCAGGCCGACAUAGACUACUUGGAGCUUCUGUCACGGCGUACACAGCUGUUUGCUCUGAAGUCUCAAAUGUCUAGAGCUAAAUGGACUGACGAGUUUAAUCAUGACUUGUUGACAUUCCCACCUCUUUUAUGGGCGCGUGAAGAAGACCUUACUGACGAGUACAAACAAGAAAGAGAUGCUUUAGUAAACAAGGUCCACAAAGGACUGAAACCAAAAGGCAAAAAUGGUUCUCCUAUUACUGGUCCGGAAUUCGCGUCGUUGCUGGAGAUUUUGGUUGAGGCCGCUAACGAGGGAUCUCUGGCUCAGAUCCCCAGCAGGUGGAACAUCUUCAUAGAAAAGCUCGAGAAGACAGCUAAGGAAGAUUGCUUGUCAUUUUAUGAAGGAGAAAUGGCUUUACUGCACAAGAAGUAUGACAAUGGUCCCAUUCCACAACAUGAAUUACAGGACUGGCACCUUGUAGCAGUAAAAAAAUCUACCAAGUUAUUGACCCACUUGUUAUUUGGACUUGGUCACGUGGUCCAGGAAUCGUCACGUGGUUUGUCAAUGAAGAUUGAUGAGAGCUUUGAGAAAGCCCAGGACAUGAAUACGAAGAAAACCCUGCUGAUGUGUAGUGAUGUCCAACGAAGCAUCGAGCUCAAUGCCGAGGAAGAACUGGCAAAGAUUGCGUUACCUGUCACAUCAUCCAACUUACAAAGCAUUUUCCACGAUGCGCACAAUAGAUCCUUGUACCGAUAUAGUACUAGCUUGGCCUAUCUAUCAAACAGUGCAGCAUAUGAGACGUAUUAUCAAAGGCUUUUGGCCUCUAUCCAAAGCCUUCAGGACUCGGUCACUCUUAAGAACAAUCAAGCACUGGAGCAAGUCUUAAAAUAUGCUAUGGACAAAGCAGUUGAGGCAUUUCUUAAGAUGUCAAGGGACAGCUCACCGAGGACUCUCAACGUUCUGCAUAAGACUUUGGACAAUGCCAGGCAGGAAGCUUUCGAGGUGUUUGAAGCAGAGAGUGAUAUCGCUGCACAAGAGACCAUGUUUCUGCCCUAUAAGUCUAUGCUGCAGAGUCAGUUGGAUAAUCACGUGAUAUCAAUAGGUCAGGAAAAUGAGAAUCUUAUUCGACAGCAGGCCACCGCUAAGGUGAGAGAACUGGUACUGGAAUUCAAAGAUAACACUGUUAAAAUAGGACUUCCUCUGAAUGAAACAGACCUGGAAACUAGACUUGUUGCUGAAAAAGAAAGGAUUCAUACAAGCUAUACGAGUUCUCAGGCGGGAUUUGAAGAAUUUGAAUCAAUAAAGACCGUCUUCAAGUCUCUUGAGGAAGCGGUAGAGGAGGUCUGCAAAGAACGUCGUCAUGACAACAUGGUAGCGUACAGUAAAGAAGUAGAGGUACCUUUGUCUACCAGUAAGAAGAUCGUAUUGAUUUCAGCAGACAACUACGAUACCGAGUUCUCAUUGAAACAAUAUAUCCGUCAAGUGUGUCUUCUGAACCUCGACGAAGGUAAACCGAAACACUGGCCGUUGUCUCUGAAGAACACCAUCAUUGACAACUUCAUCGAAACAGACACAGACAUGCGCACUAUUGUCACAUCAAGACGAGGCUUAUGGAAAAAUGUCAAGGGAUUUAUACAAUGGCUGCUUUGGAUUUUUGGGUUAUUUUGA